CUAAGUGCUGCUCACCUGGGGGGAUAUGGGAGCACCAAGGGCAGCACCGAACACAUCCUUAUAAAAUUAUUAUUAAUGUCUCCUUCAGGCCUGAAAUUCCUCUUGCUAGUCUUCCAUUCUGUUAAAUGCCUCGCAAACCAGAGCAAAGGAAGAGACAUGAAGAGUUGAAUUUCACUGCCUUGUUUGGAACUGGGUGGAAAUCCUGGAGAUGGAUCUCUUAGGAGUCUGUCUUCCAAUUGGGUUAGAUGCACAGGAGCAAUGGAUCGCCCCAGCUACCUGGAAGAGGACUAUUCUAGCCUGGAUGGGCUGGACGAUGACGUGUUUCACUCUGAUGACUUUGGACUUGCAGGUCAGCCUGGUGAGAUGACUGCAACUGGCUUUUUCACACAGAACCAGUCCUACAGCUGCCUUCUGGGGAGGUUUCAACUAUUCCCCCUCACACACUGCUGUGGUCCCGGUAUCAGGCAUCCUGAGCAGCAGGACAAGGCAACUCAAACACUCAGCCCGUCCUCUUCCAGUCAGGAUGUUAUGUUGCCUUGUGGAGUCACUGAAGAGCCACGGAGACUCUUCUAUGGGAAUGCUGGUUACCGUUUACAUGUCCCUCCAGCUGGCUUUGGGUUGGAUCCACACCUCCAAGAGGAACCUCAGGAAGGUCAGCAGGAAGCACGUGCUGAGGUGCAGAUUGCACGGAAGUUGCAGUGCAUUGCCGACCAGUUCCACCGGCUCCACAUACAGAGGCAUCAGCAGAACAGAAAUCAAGUGUGGUGGCAGCUUUUUCUCUUCCUACACAACUUGGCCUUGAACACGGAGGCGAACAGGAACCACGCUGGGCAGAGGUGAGCUUCGCCCGCCUGUUUCAGGCCACAUCCAGUCUGCAGGGAGCACUGAACAAACACUGGUUCGGGGGCGAGACAUUGCACACCGCCGGCCGGAUGUGAGGACUCUGACUUUCUGAUACUCGUCUUCAAGUUUGGGUGUUUUUGUGGACUCUUCUUUGCCGCUGCCUGCCUCGCGAGGCAGGGAGCUCUUGUCCAACACUGUCAAAGGAAAGCCAGAAUGUGGGUGUGUUUGGUAAAGCUUGCUGCUGGUUCCCCGCACCGGUGACCUCUGUGCAAGGGAGGCUUCCUCUGCCCUGUGUAUUAGGUGAUAGUAGAGUGCUGGAGUGUCAUUUUGGCUGCUAGUUAAAAAUGAUGGUAGUUAAAAAUGAUGCCUGGGAUUGGUGACUUAAUGUACUUUGGGUAUCUUCCAGAGCAGAGAUGCUCAAUUCCUCCACAUUUUUAGCAAUGAAAAGCAUUCAAGUAGCUUAAAUCCAUCGUGUUACUUGUUUUCUUCAUUGGUUACUGUUUAUUUCAUUGCACCCUCUGUGAGAGAAAAUAACAAAGAAAUCUGACCUCUUCAGUCAUUCCAUUGGGCACCAGUUGCAGCGCUCUCACAUGAAGUUGUUCUUUGUUAUUGCCAUCAAUAGAAAAAAAUGUUUUAAGUAGAACAGUCUUAAAAUGAAACCUUCCUGGAGUUGCUGUUGACUAGCAGGUUCUACCACUGGUUGCUUCCAGUUCAGUGUUCUCAGUGCCCAUGAGCCAGCAUGAAGCCAAAAACCAUGCAAUAUGACACAAGUGUCAUUCUUCUACAAUGCUAAUGUAUAUGUUUUUACUAGUUUUAUGAUGGGUGUUUAUUUUGUGUUGUCUUUCUUUUCUUUUACUAUAAUGUGGUUGAUCAGGAAGGCUUAGAUCCCAGGCAUCCAAUGGUUUUGCUUCAGGAUUUGACAGGGAAAUUAAUUAGCAUCUAAUCUGAUAUGUACACUGUACAAGCAGUCUGUCCAUUACUCUACUGUGCAGUGUUUGGAGGCUGCUGUAGGCAUAUAUUGACUAGCAGCAGUAGUAUGACUUCAAGGGAGAUCUUUUAGCAGUUCCCAGUUUGUAUGCACUCAGAAGUUUGUCCAUAUGGCUGACACUAUUGGACCAGCACAGGGAAAUUAACCUACCAAAAGGAACUAGCCUUAAAUAUUGAUAGCUACUUUUCUGUAGCCUUAAAUAUAUUUAGUUCACAAGCCCAGUGACAACUAGGGUAAAACACAAACAGAAAAGCAAUACAGAUUUUAUCUUUUUUUGGAGCAUUUCCGUAUUGCCACUGCACCUUGUUGUAGGUCUCAGAUGAUACAGGCAGCAUGAGGCAGAGCUGUCCAGAGAAUGGCUCUUCACUUGUGUUACAGGUGUUGACUGCAGGUGUUGAGAAAUUCUUCUGCUCUUGGUCCACUCUGAAAAAUAAGCAUUACUGUACGGAAGAGUAGUUUACUUGCACAUAUGCUUUCCUCCUCCACCCCUCUCUGCAUAUUCUUCUCUAAUUCAUGCUUUCUCUGGUAGUUGUGUAAUCUCAUCAUUGCACUGUAGUGUCUGGUAACAGUUUGCUGAACAGAGUUAAAUUUGGACCUUCUCCCUCUCUCCCAGCCCUAUUCUCUUGAUUUUUAUCCUGCUCUACUGUGGCAAAAUGUACUUUAGCUCCCUGAAAGAGGUCCCUAAGCCUUUUUCACUUUCAUAUACUCACAGGCACUCUCUUUCAACAUAAGGAGAGCUUAUGUGAGAAAACCUUUUUUUUUCUCCUUUUAUGUUAUAUUUCUAGCUAGAGCUAGAGUAAUAUGUUUGUCCAUGAUGGUUAAUAAUUCAUGUAAAUGAAUCUCAAGUAAUAUUUUGU